AUGGGCGGUGAAGGUAUAUUUGACCCCUGCAGUGUGGCCAUAGGAAGCCAGAGAAGAACAUUGGCCCAAUUUAUCCUUAACUUGUUGGAGAAGGCGCUGGCGAUGGUAAACACUCCUGUGACAUAUUUGAAACCUCUAGUAGCCACAUUUUGGCACUAUGCCAAGGGGGAGCUGGUUCCUCUAACCCCUGCUGAGAUCUCUACAGCUAUUCGGAGCCUGACAAAAACAGCCAUUCCUGCUCAGACUGGUCCUUUGACACAGCUCAUAGUUAAGGAAGCUCUGCUGAAUGGUUUGGUGGCCACAGAUAUGUGGAUGUGGUUUUAUAUUGGUGAGAUCAUAGGCAAGCAAGUCAUCAUUGGCUGUGAUGUUUGA